AUGGAAUGUUUGCAAGCCAUACGAAAAAUUUACGCCGGUAUCGACGCUGCCAACCACGGCUACGAAUUACUCCUUAUGCCCAACCCAAGCGAUCCCCACGACAGCGAAAAACACGUCGACCUAGAAUCCCGUGCCAAGCUCGCUCUAUCAGCUCUCCAGACAUGGUACAACGAAACCACAGGCCUCUGGGAAACGACAGGAUGGUGGAAUGCAGCAAAUAUCAUCACGACAUUUGGUGAUUACGCCAAGGCGUUUCCCGAGGAUGCGGACUUGCAGGCUCUAACAAGGGAUAUCUUCUCGAAUGCACUUGCUCGUGCACCAAUCAUGAAUCCUCAACCGGGCUACGAAGAUGAACCAUCAAACAAUACAACUGACAAUCAAGAUGGUUCUAUACAUGUUGAUAGUGGAUAUAUGAAGGAACUUGAUCCGAUAACCUACGAGCCCCGUUGCAAGUUCCCGUCGAAUUGGAAGGACGGGACUAAGAACAUUUCAAGCGCAGAGGCUACACAUCAUACUGAAAGUCCAGACCCACAGGACUGGCUUGACGGCUUCUACGAUGAUGAUCUUUGGUGGGCUCUGGCUUGGAUCAAUGCUUACGAUGUUACCAAGCAUCAACCGUACCUUGACCUUGCCGAAGGCAUCUUUCUCGCAGUAGCAAAGACGUGGGGCACUUAUUGCGGUGGCGGCAUAUACUGGAGCUGGAAGAAGAACUACGUCAACGCAAUCGCAAAUGAGCUUUUCCUCAGCACUGCAGCGCAUCUGGCUAAUCGGGUUGAAGAUAAGAAAGAGGCGUACCUCGAUUGGGCGAUGAAGAGCCAUGACUGGUUCUUCGGCAGCGGAAUGAUCAACAUCAAUGGUACUGUCAACGAUGGUUUAACGGAAGACUGCGAGAACAACAACAAGACGAUCUGGUCAUAUAACCAAGGCGUAAUUCUUGGCGGCCUUGUCGAACUCCAGCGCGCCCACUCUCCCGAUGGGGAUGACUUUCUUGUUGCUGCAUCCCGCAUUGGGGUAGCAGCCAUUGAUGAGCUCAAGUCCUCAGAUGGAGUCAUUCACGACGUUUGUGAGCCAGAAUGUGGUCUUGAUGGUGGGCAAUUCAAGGGCGCCUUUGUGCGAAACUUGGUCCGGCUCAGACAAGCAUUUGGAGACUUCAUGGUUGACGCAAUAAUUCACAUAAAUGGUGAAUCAAUCUGGGAGAAGAACAGGGAGAUGCGUGAGGGGCUUCCUUUCUUCGGUGUGGACUGGGAUGGCCCAUUUGUCAGUCCUGCGGAUGCUAGCUCGCAGAGCAGCGCCAUGGAUGCACUACUUGGUGCUGCAAUCCUGAAUUGGCCGGUCCGUUUGGACAGAUUAAAGAAGUGGUUUGGGGACUGA